CUCUCUCGAUUGCCCCUAUGGCUCAGUCGAUGGCUUGGAUACCGCGCCUCUGCUCCAAAACCCGAGCCACAACUUGUUGUAUACUUCUGGUCAUUUAUCGCGUCGUUCUGUACAAUAUCGAUCCUUCAGGCGAUUUUCAGUUAUGCUUCGUACUUUCGAGCUCGCCAUGUCCCUGCAGUCAUUGGAUCAUAUGGUGCUUCUGCCGUCCUCUGCUUCGAUGUCAUUGGAGUUCCGUUUGCCCAGCCUCGCGCUCUCGUUGGAGGUCACUUCAUCAGUGCUCUGGUGGGUAUCUGUGUCACUCGUCUGAUCGAAGUUCGUCAUGACGGUCAACUUCUCUGGCUUGCUGGGUCCCUCUCCACAGCUCUCGCCAUCGUUGCCAUGAGGUUCACCAAGACAACACAUCCACCAGCAGGUGCUACCGCCCUACUUGCCGCUGUUGAUCCGAAUAUCCACGCCCUCGGAUGGUAUUAUCUUCCUGUCAUAUUACUCUCUUCUAUCGUGAUGCUUGUCAUGGCGCUCUUCUUCAACAAUAUUCAAAGAAGAUAUCCAUCCUUCUGGAUCAGUCCACCAACACUUCCCACACCAACACCAGCACCCGAG